AUGAGUAAGUUAAUCCCAUCUGCCGCAAAACUCUUAAGUGGAGCAACAAUAUCGAAAUCGACCACCCCAGCUGUUAUAGCAUCAAAAACUAGUUACAGUACAAAAUCGGAAUCUACAUUUGAAAUUAAGCCUUACAAACUCCAUAAAUUAGAAAAAGGUCCGGCCACAUCUGCUACUCUAACAGCAGAAGAUGCUCUUCAACUAUAUGAGAAACUGGCAGUGUUACGCCGGAUUGAAACAGCCUCUGGUAAUCUGUACAAGGAGAAAAUUAUCCGUGGUUUCUGCCACUUGUAUUCAGGUCAAGAAGCAGUUGCUGUGGGCAUGCGUGCAGCCCUAAGGGAUGUAGACUCAGUAAUCACUGCUUACCGAUGCCAUGGUUGGACACAUUUAAUGGGUGUCAGUGUACUCGGAGUACUAUCUGAAUUGACCGGUAGAAGGACUGGUUGCUCUCGAGGCAAGGGUGGCUCUAUGCAUUUGUAUGGAAGAAAUUUCUAUGGUGGUAAUGGCAUUGUUGGAGCUCAGGUACCCCUAGGAGCUGGUCUAGCGUUCGCCCACAAGUAUCGUGGGGACGGAGGCGUUGCUUUCGCUCUGUAUGGUGACGGUGCUGCCAACCAGGGACAGUUGUUCGAAGCUUACAAUAUGGCAAAGUUAUGGGAUUUGCCUUGCGUGUUUGUGUGCGAGAAUAAUGGAUAUGGCAUGGGUACGAGUGUGGACCGUUCUUCAGCCAGUACGGAAUAUUACGCCCGUGGUGACUACAUUCCCGGAAUCUGGGUGGAUGGUAUGGACGUGAUGGCUACGAGAGAGGCUACCCGGUAUGCGAUUGAGUACUGCACUAGUGGAAAAGGCCCACUGGUUAUGGAAAUGGAAACGUACCGUUACUCUGGGCACUCAAUGUCCGACCCGGGGACUUCGUACCGUACACGCGACGAAGUUCAGGAGGUCAGGCAGACGCGGGACCCCAUCACGUCCUUCAAGGAGAAGAUCCUCGCUAGCGAUCUCGUCACAGCGGAUCAACUUAAGGAAAUUGAUACAAGAGUACGCAAAGAGGUGGACGAAGCGACGAAACAAGCUAAGAGCGAGGCUGAAGUAGGCCUGGAGGAACUAUCUGGUGACAUUUAUUACAAUAACUUGGAGCACGUGAUUCGGGGCAUCCACCCUGGUGCGCCGCUGCAGCACGUUGAAGUUGUUGCCAGGAACUAG